AUGUCCAACGACAAUAGUAGCCAAUCUAAGCUCAUUCCAUCGCCGACGAUCACGUUGACACCCGUCGUCCCACCACCGCCACCAACACCGACACCAGGCGCGCCAAAAUUCAUCACCGUCAAUCCCCCAAAUAUUCUCAUCGAAGCAUUCAAAGGUGCCGUGGAAAGAUCGAUAGAAAUCAAAAACAUCUCGCAAUUUCGUUUGGCGUUUCGCGUUCGCACCAAUGGUCCCACCCGGUAUCUCGCGUGCCCAAAUAAGGGAUUUUUGGCGAUUGGCGACAAAGUGUUGGUGAAAUUGACGUUGAUGGAUGCCCGACGAUAUCAGGCGAAUCACGCGUUUCUCGUUCAGGCGAUGCCCGCGUACGGAUCGCAUUCGGAUCGUUCGCUUGUCUGGAAAUCGCCGCCACCGGGCAGUAUUUACAGCUUCAAAGUCGACGUUUUACAUCAAUCGCGUCUCGACAAAUUCCGCAAUCUUCCGCCGGGCGUUUCGAGACCCAGAAGUCCUGCCGAUCUAUCGUCGCCGGGACGAGUCUCGUCGACAACCGACGUCGUUAUCAAUCCGCCGGGCGAUCAGGGAGAUCAUGGAGAAUACUCAGCGCAGGUCGCCGAGCAAACCGAAAUUUUGCGAAAACUCUUGCUGGAAAAGCAGCAAAAAACCGCCGAGAUGGUCGGCGUUUUGAACGAAAUCAAAACGUUUGAAGUGGAAUUGGACAGGCAAACCCAAUUGGUCAACGAGCUUCAGGAGCGCAUCAAAGGCGGCGAGCUGCAAUUUUCGAACGAAAUCCGCAACGAGUUGGAGCGAACCAAGCCGAACACCGACAAUUUCUAG